GUCUAAAAUCACCUACCGCGUGUAGGUUGCUCUACCAGACAACGAUUAAUUUCGAAGUGGUGAAAUUUCAAAAUGAAUUUUAUUCAAUUGCUUUUUUUGGUUAUUAUAUCAGGUGUAUUCUGGUAUCCAAGAAUAGAGACAGCAAAAAUUUUGGGGGUGUUUCCGACAGCCUCUAAAUCGCAUUACAUCGUUGGAUCAGCAUUGAUGAAAGCAUUGGCUGAGAAAGGCCAUGAGGUGACCGUUAUUAGUCCAUUCCCGCAAUCUAACCCUCUGGAAAAUUUUCGUGAUAUAACAACAACCGAUAUUUGGAAAGCCACGGAACCCUUCACGUCAAAUCUACUUCAUUUCAAACGCACAUCUCCCUUCGAAAACAUACCUCGAAUAUACAAGUUCGGUCACACGAUGGUCAAUUCCACCUUAAAUGACCCUGCAGUAGUUAAACUGAUUAAUUCGGGAGAACAUUUUGAUCUCGUCAUACUGGAAAUAUUCAUGACAGACGCAAUGCUUGGUUUCGCUCACCACUUCAAAGCACCGUGUAUAGGUCUAUCCACGUUUGGCGCAUCUAAAUGGACAACGGAUUUGGUAGGAACACCGGCUCCCCCGUCGUUCGUCCCAAACCCAUUUCUUAGCCUCACCGACCGCAUGAGCUUUAGUGAGCGCAUGCUGAAUUUUGUAAUGAGUCUGGCAGAAGUGCUGGUUGUGCGCAUAUUGGAUUACCCGGUCCAGAAUCAAAUAUAUCAAAACACCUUCCCAGAUCCGAAGCCAUCCUUACAGGAGCUCAAAAACACUGCCGUCUCUGCCGUUCUCCUAAACAACCAUUUCUCUCUAAGCUAUCCGAGACCUUAUGCAACCGGAAUGAUUGAAGUUGGCGGCAUGCAUAUCAACCGAAAUCCUAAACCUCUGCCAGACGAUAUUCAACGUUAUAUGGACGAUGCAACCGAUGGUAUAAUCUAUUUUUCGAUGGGAUCCAAUAUCAAGAGCAAAGAUUUGCCUGACGAAAAAAGAAAAGUAUUCCUAAACGUGUUCUCAAAGUUGAAACAAAAAGUGUUGUGGAAAUGGGAAGAUGACAAACUACCAUCCAAACCGGACAAUGUGCGAAUACAAAAUUGGUGGCCUCAGGAUGACAUUCUUGCGCAUCCCAACGUACGACUAUUUAUAACACACGGAGGUCUUCUUAGUACAACCGAAUCACUUUAUCAUGGAGUGCCGGUUAUUGGUAUACCUGUGUUCGGCGAUCAGAACUUAAACAUGGCUAAAGCAGAACGAGGUGGGUAUGGAUUGUCUGUACCUUAUCAAGAAAUAUCCGAAGAACGUCUGUCAGCUGCAAUCAAUGCCAUCCUUGGAGACUCAACGUUCAAACAAAACGCGCAAGUCAUGUCUCAACGAUAUCGGGAUCAACCAGUAAACCCACUAGACUUGGCCGUUUUCUGGGUAGAAUACAUUAUUCGGCAUAAGGGAGCGCCACAUAUCCGGACUGCCUCGAUGGAUCUGAAUUUUAUCCAGUAUCAUAACUUGGACGUACUGGCAGUUCUAGUAGGCAUACCUGUUAUAGUAAUUUUAUUGCUAAGUCGAUUAAUUUGUAAAAAGAAAACACCAAGAAAAAAUGACAGAGGUGACCGUAAGAAGCGCAAUUAAGCUAACAAGUAAAAGUUAGACAUCUCUAGAGAUGGACACUAUGUUUUGUCCUGCUUAACACAUUGUUACGGUUCAGAAAAUGUGAAAUAAAUGUC